AUGAAGUCUGACAGCUCGCAUAUUCCCAUCCUCCAGGCUCGCCCUCUUCGUCAACCAGCGCGUACUCUCUUCGGCGAUGCAACUAUUGGCAUCAUCGCCCAACUGCCCCCCUGGCUCGAUGAGGUGGAUGUCAUCAUAGCGGGCGGCGGCACUGCUGGGUGCGUUGUUGCCUCAAGGCUUAGCGACGCGGACCCCGACUUGGCCAUCUUGGUGAUUGAAGGCGACCAAGACAACUACAACGACCCUUCCAUCAUCCUCCCGGUGCUUUUCCCGAGCCACUUGAUGCCGACUAGCAGAAACACGCUCUUCUACAUGGGCGUCAGGGAGCCCAAGCUUGGCAACAGAGAGCUGAUGGUGCCUUCUGGGGGCGUCCUCGGCGGGGGGUCGUCCAUCAACCUCAUGACGUACAGCCGGGCCCAGCGGCGGGACUUUGAUUCGUGGAAGAUGCCCGGUUGGUACGCCGACGAGCUGCUCCCGUUUAUAAGGAAGCUCGAGACAUACUACGGACCCGGCCCGCCAGAAACUCACGGCACGAGCGGUUCAGUUCAAAUUAGCAGCAGCGCCUACAAUACCUCCAUGUCCGAGAAUGACUUUAUCCAGGCCUCGGCAAAAGUCGGCAUCCUCGAGACAGUCGAUAUUCAGGACCUGAACACAGGCAACGCUGCCCAACGCAACCUCCGUUUCAUCAAUCCGGAGGGCCACAGACAGGACGCAGCCCACACGUACCUUCACCCCCGACUUCAGGACGGCAAGCAUGAGAAGCUGCAUGUUCUCGUGAAGCAUCAGGUCCCUCGCGUCUUGCUUGACAAGAAGAAAGCCGUUGGGGUCGAGUAUCGACCCAACUCGGUCUUCCAUGCCGAUGCCACCGCUCUCCAGGCCGUCAGGGCCAGAAAGCUAGUCGUUGUGUCUGCCGGAGCCCUCGGGUCGCCCCUUGUGCUUGAGCGAUCGGGUAUCGGCGACGCUGCGGUUCUUGACAGGGCCGGGAUUGCUGUUGUCGCUGAACUGCCCGGAAUUGGCCGCAACUACAUGGACCAUCACCUCCUGACCUUUCCAUACAGAUCAAUUCUGUCGCCCAGGGAGACUAUCGACGCGCAGUAUGGCGGCCGGGUUGACAUUGGAGGCUUCAUUGCGGCCAAGGACAGCAUGCUCGGCUGGAACGCGGCAGACGUUACCGCUACCGCCAAGAUGCCUAGGAGAGGGACUUUAAGGACAUUCCCGGGAGAUCCAACUAGGCUUGCCGCCGCUCAGUUCAUGUCCGUAUCGACCUUCACCGUGUACCCGUACUCACGCGGCCAUAUGCACAUAACGGGCCAGGCCAUGAGCGAUGAGAUCGAGUUCAAGAUGGGCUUUCUGGCGGACGAGCGGAACCUUGAUAUCAAGUCGAGCAUAUUGGCGUACCAGAAGCAGCGUGAGAUUCUGCGCCGGAUGAAGGUGUACCGGGGCGAGCAUAGCCCAGGCUAUCCGCCCUUUGCCGCCGGAUCUGACGCCGCGUGCAAGGGGGUCGACGGGCCACUUAAGGACGUCAGGGACACUGUGUACACAGAAGACGACAACGUCGUACUAGAGCAGUGGAAACGGAAGAACGUAGGCUCGGCGCGGCAUUCCUUGGGCACAUGUAAGAUGGCGCUGCGGGAGGAGGGGGUCGUUGUCGAUGGUUCGCUGGGCGUCUACGGCGUAGAGGGCCUCAAGGUUGCGGAUAUGAGCAUCGCGCCGCAGAACGUGGGUGCCAACACGGGCAACACGGCCUUUGUUAUUGGCGAGAAGGCGGCGGAUCUUUUCAUCAGAGAGCUAGCCAUUAGCAGCUAA